AGGUAUUUCAGUAUACGCUGAACAAUUAAAGACCUGUAGUGUAAUAAAAAAAAGAAAAAAGUUAAGUGAAGGUCCACGCUUUCCCCAAACAGAAAACUAAAGAAAGCAAGCAACUUCAUCACCUCGGAGUCAACCGUAGGCUAAUCCAAAAAAAGUGGCCGUGUAGAAAAGACAGAUUUGACAAGAUGGGGCUACGCGAUUUGAAAUCGCUAACAUUUUACAUCUUAUUUUGCUUUACCUUCUUCGAGAUCUGUGCUGCUCAAAACGGAAUUACUGUAUCCAUAUACACUGUAACAUCAAAAACGAUAACGGCGAGAUGGACUCGGUAUGCAGGUGCCAGUUCAUACAAGCUCACGGCGACACCGAUAAAUUCACCAUCCGGGCGAACGGUAUUCGCUCAGUUCGGUGGAAAUACCGUGAUGGGGUCCAUUAGCCCCCUUUCCCCCAAUACGGUGUAUACCCUGAGGGUAGAGGCCAUGGAUAACUCCAUUACAGUCCUCACCAGCGCCGUGGCAGAAGGAACUACAGCACCCGACGUGCCGCAUAUUUUGGGAGCCAACUCGAAGCAGAGCCAUAGUAUCACCGUGGAGUUUACUAGUAUGCCGGGAGCCACUGCCUACGUUCUGCGGGCCGAGAACGAGGCUGAGGGGUUAUUUUCCGAAAUCGAAGUUCCCGAGUCCCCGGGGACCAUCUCCAACCUCCAGCCAUUCACCAUGUACACACUCAGCGUUAUGUCUGUCAACAGUGGAGGAAGAAGCCAACCAUCUUUGUCUGUGGAAGAAACGACAGUGCUGGAAGCUCCGCAGCUCAGCGCCUUCUCCCCGAGCAACGACACAAUCAUGGUCAGCUGGGAUCCUGUGGAGCACGCGGUGCUGUACACCCUGUGCAUCAUCAUGGAGGGGUCCGACCAGCGGAUCAAACUGAACACCACCAAUACCACGAUGGACUUCACCGUGCUGCAGGCUGGCACCGUCUACAGCAUUAAGGCCAACGCGUGGGACCCCAGCGGCACCCCUGGCGAUGACAUCACUCUCAGCCAGAUCACACGUCCCCCAAGCCCAGGGCCCGUCACGAUCUUCCCGAGCGGCGGGCGAUCCGUGGGCAUGGAGGUGAACUGGAGAAGUGUUCAGGGAGCAGCCGACUACCUAGCCGUGAGCUCCAGCGGCCAGAACUGCACCACUUCCUCGGCCUCAACCUUCUGCGUCAUCAGCCCCCUCGAGUGCGGCCAGAUCCACUCCAUCACGGUCGUCGCCGAGAACGCGGCUGGACCCAGCAGCCCCUCCGACCCGGAGAACUUCCUGACCUUCCCCUGUCCCCCAGAGACAUCUUGGGUGGAGGAGUCGGUGCCAGGGAACUGCUCCUUACGCUGGCCAGAGGUUAACUGGGUGGAUUAUUAUACCGCCUUCGUGAAGCGGGACGAUGGCGUGGAGAUCUGGUGCAACACCACCACCACCAAAUGCAACUUCUACUGCAACUGUGGCUAUACGUACUUCAUGACCGUCUUCUCCUACAACCAGGCUGGCUCCAGCCCUCCGGGGCCUAUGCUCAACUACACCACCAUCCCCUGUUGUCCAGAGGACGUGGCUGUGUCGCUGGUUUCCACAGAGACCUUGGAGAUCGGUUGGACCCUCGUGCGGGGGGCGGAGGUGUACCAGACCAAGGCAGCCGCUAACUCCGACACGGUCCUCUGCAAUGACACGUCCCCCGUGUGCGUGCUGUCCGACCUGACGUGCAACAGCAAUUACAGCGUGGUGGUCACGCCUUGCAGCGAGCUCCGCGGAUGCAACCACACCUGCAGACCCCACACAGGGGAGACAGCUCCCUGUUCCCCUGAGAUCCUGAGUGUGAGCCAGAUCAAUGCGACCUCUGUCAACAUCUCCUGGAGUUCCACUAACCGGGGGGCAAACUAUGUGGUGAAACUUACCGGCAGCAGGGAUAUGGAGUCCUGCCAGUCGAGGGGAACAUCCUGCAAGAUCCUCAACUUGCCCUGUGGCACUGUCUAUGAAGUCACUGCCAUUGCCACAACCUCUGCUGGGAACAGUUUGCCUAGCUACGCUGUACCCCUGGAAACAGCGCCGUGCUGCCCGGGGAACGUGACGGUGCGGCAGAUGACCCAGGCCUCGAGCCACGUCACCUGGUCCCCUGCCACCGGGGCCGAGUACUAUGUCACCUCGCUGUCGUCGCCCCGAGGCGAUGCCAAGUGCCACACCCUGCAAAACCAGUGCGUAAUGGGAUGCAUCACCUGCGGCACCAACUACACCGUGUCUAUGGAAGCUAUCAGCAGGACGGGCCACAAAUCGGAGUGCACCUACCAUGGCUUCUCCUCCAGUGCCUGCUGUCCCUCGAAUGUGAGGCUUUACCGUAUGACCAACAACACCAUUCGGGUGCACUGGCGAGCCUCUGGUAACCUUGGCAACUUCAGUGUGGACCUGCGUGGAGCCCAGUCCAACUACACCUGCACCCCCCCGAUGGGCGCGACCUCCUGUGACGUGUCGGACGUGGUGUGUGGAGACGUCUACAGUGUGGUGGUCGCCCCAGUGUCAAGAAAUGGCACGAAGAUUGAGUUCUGCCCCAGGAGGAUGUACUCUGUUUCCUGUGCUGGAAGCAGUGUUGGAAUGGUAAUCUAUCGAGGAAGAAGAAGUGUGGAUUAACAGACAGCAUGUAAGGACAGAGGCUCACUUUUUCCAAAUCGACAUUUCUUCAUGGCAUGAAUUAAUAUUUUUAAUGUGAUCUUUGUUUAGAAAAACCUGUCAUUUGAUAACUUCUUACAGAAUAGUAAACACAUUUAAAAAAGAUUCUAUUUGUAACAAAAUUCAAGUACAAUUUAAAAAACAACAUAAAAACAAAUGUCAUCUUAAGCACAGUUUUGUUACCGUAACAAUUUUUGUUUCAUGUGUGUUUUAAAUUUGUUGUUUAAACCGCAAUAAAAUUUUAAGAUAUAGGCUGAUUCAUUGGCUUGACGUUCUGGAAUUAUGUGAAGUUGGAAACAAAGAUAUUAAGACACCAUCAUUCUGACAUAAAGCAACAAAGAAUUUCCAGGAAAUUUAGAAUCUACCCAAGCAGGCAUGCCUCCAGAGGAUAAAUGUGAAUGCCGGUCAAGCCAAAUAUGUCCAACAGUCAGCUGUACCACCAUACCACUGUUAGCCCCAAGCUCUACGCUGUAGUCUCAUCUUUCCUCUGGAUGAUACUGAAGAAUUCAUUUAAUAAUGAUAAUGUGACAUUGGAAUCCCAUGUUUGCUGAAAUAAAAGUCACUCUUAGAAGCAUAACAUUAUUUUGACCUUUUUGCUAUACGGCUAGAAACUAAGAAAGUUUAUGUCAUCUUGAUGGAUUUCCUUUUUCUUAUUGAGACAGGCUGUUAGAGAAUUUGUAUCAGAAAUACAGUCAUGUUGUAUAACGUGUUUAUAAAACAUAUAUAAAAAAUAUAAAUCAUAUAUAUAUAUAUAUAUAUAUAUAUAUAUACACACACAUAUACAUACACUAAAAUUUUCCUCUGAAAUUUAUAUAGAAAUGUUCCAAUUUGAGAAUUGUAUUAUAGGGCAUAAUGCAAAAAGUUAGAAGAUACCCAAGCAGGCAUGACUCCAGAGGAUGAACGUGAAAGAUGGUCAAGCCAAAUAUGUUCAACAGUGAGCUGAACCACCUGUUAGCCCCAAGCUCUACGCUGUAGUCUCAUGUUUCCUCUGGAUGAUACUGAAGAAUUUCUUUAAUAUGUGACAUUGUAUCUCACUUGUUUGUUGAAAUAAAAGUCACUCUUUGCAGCAUAA